GCCACGGCAUGGAUAUCAAGGGUCCUGCUAGAGGUAGAAAGCAUACCAAAACAAAGGCGAAGGCAGUGCUUUUUCAGCCAGCUAGUGAAUUCUUGCCCAUGAUUGAUGAGGUGUACAAGGCUCUAGUGGAGGGAACUAAGGGCACCCCAGGGGCCAAAGUGGAGAACAACAAGUUCUGUGUAUCUGUCCACUUCAGAUGUGUUGAUGAAAAGAGAUGGAGUGCAUUGGCUGAUCAAGUGAGGUCAGUGCUCAAGGAGUAUCCUAAGUUGAAGCUAACUCAAGGGAGAAAGGUGUUUGAGAUUCGUCCUACUAUUAAGUGGGACAAGGGCAAGGCCUUGGAGUUUUUGUUGGAGUCACUUGGCUCGGAAGGAAAUGGCGUCUAUUAGUUUAUGGGGAGAACUCAAAGCAGGCAUCUAUAGAAGCCGAGAUGAAAAAGUAUGAGGUGAGAAACUUGUUCAACUCAUUAUGAACCAUGCAAUUGAUAUUUCACAUUUGGUCUUAAUACUUACCAUGCUUGUCCCUGGAGCUAAAAUUGUUCCUGCAUACACACAAUUUGAGAUUAAGUAUCUCAUCGCACGCUCUUUGAAUAUUAAUUGUUUUGGGUACAGGAACUCUCCAUUUUACUAUUCUUGGUGGAACACUAUUCCUCAAAUUGUUCCUGCUGGAUUCAUCUACUAAUUGAUUUAGAUAAUAGCUUGUACUAAGAAAUAUGAUACUCUACUUCGAUAACUCCUUGCCUUAUGCA